GCGCAUGAUUCAGUGUAGCAUAGCUAGCCUGCUAAUCAUAUGAAAUAUGCCAGUGUGAGUUUUUGGUCAGACAUCUGUCUUUGGGUUUACUGUACCAAUGUAAAUAUUGUCUGGCAUUAAUUUUACGCGGUAUGUAAAUUACAUUUACUGGAACGUUUGCUCGCGAAUAAGUUCUUGUUUGUUGUGUAGUUAGCAAGACAUACCAACUAGUAAGUGACAGUUAUCACGUGACCGUUCUCCCUGUGCAGGUUUUCAUCAGGUAAGGUUAGUUUUGCUCGCCGAGGAAGUCAGUAGCUUGCUAGGUGACUGGCAUGGAGACAGGCAACCAGGAGGCGUUUGAUAAAGCCAGGCUGCAGGCGAUAAAGGACGGGUAUAAGAAGGCAUUUGAGUGCAUAAACCAGGGUUUGUGUGAGGAUGAGGCAGGCCGCAGGGACCGGGCUCUGGAGCUGUACAGGCAGGGGAGGCAGCAUCUGCUGCGGGCGAUCAGCGUCCCCUCCCAAGGGGAGGAGUGCGUGGGCGGGGCCUGGGACUCUGCCCGGCAGAUGCAGCACAAGAUGCAGGAGACCCUGAACAACAUCAGCACCCGCCUGGCCGCUCUGGAAACCUCCACCGAGCUCGGCGCCCAGGGCCUCUACCCGAAACUCCCACCCAAAGAGAGACCAGACAGGCCAGCUCCACCCAGGGGUGUCCUGUCCAACGGGCAGGAGGUUGGAGUGGCGGACAGGGCGUCUCCAGGCAACCAGGUGGUUCGGUCGGGCGUCUCCGCCGAGCUUCCCCCCGCGUACUCGCCCCAGGCGGCUGAGGGCCACGUCAGCCUGUCGUACGGCACAGACUCCGGCGAGAUGUCCCUGGUGGGGGACGAGUUCUACGCCCGGCGCUCGGACUCCGGCACCUCCCUGCAGAAUCUGGGGGAGGACGGAGAGGAGCUGCUCCUGCUGCCCCACGGCGUGCAGAUAUUCUACGUUACCCCCGACGGGCAGGUCAGCGCCCCCUCCUACCCCGGCUGCCUGCGCAUCGUCAAAUUUACCAAUGAGAGCUCAGCCAGCGCCCCCAACAGGCCACCUGCCUUCCUCCAGGUGUGUGACUGGCUGUACCCCCUGAUGUUCACUGACUCGCCUGUGUUGCUAUGCAACACGGGGGUGUUCAUGUUUCCCGACAUGAUGGCCCCCACGCCGGGCUCCUAUGUGGGGGUUGUGCUGUCCUCUGAACUGCCUGCCUCAGACCGAGAGCUGUUCAGGGACCUCCUCUCUCAGCUCACAGAUCUCCGAGUGCAGGCUCCAGACGUAGCCGGGGACAGCAUGAACCUGAGCCAGAAGGUCCCCCUGGUGCCCCCCCCGGAGCUGACCCCCCCAGUGGAGGGGGAGAAGCCCCUCCCGGAGUGGAGUGAGAAGGUGGCCCAUGGCAUCCUGUCAGGGGCGUCGUGGCUGAGUUGGGGCCUGGUGAAAGGGGCGGAGUAUACGGGCAAGGCCAUUCACAAGGGAGCGUCUAAACUGCGGGAGCACAUGACCCCCGAGGACACGCCCGCCACCGUCAGCCCCGGCGUCACCAAAGGCCUACAGGUCGCCAAGCGAGCCACUGGGGGCGCUGUGCGCGUCAGCCAGUUCCUGGUGGAUGGCGUGUGUGCCGUGGCGGGGCGUGUGGGGAAGCACCUGGCGCCUCAUGUGAAGAAGCACGGGGGCAAGCUGAUCCCAGAGUCCCUGAAGAAGGACAAGGAUGGGCGCUCCAAUGUGGACGGUGCCAUGGUGGUCGCAGCCAGCGGCCUGCAAGGAUUCGCGACCACGUGGACCAGCUUGGAGGUGGCGGCGAAGAACAUCGCCAAGAGUGUGGCCACGGAGACCGUGAGCACAGUGAAACACAAGUACGGGGCGGCAGCGGGCCAGGCCACCGACAGCGCUGUGAACUCUGCCAUCAACAUGGGGGUGACCGCCUUCAACAUCGACAACCUGGGCCUGAAAGCCGUGGUGAAGAGGACAGGCAAGGAGACGGCCCACGCCAUCCUGGAGGACUACAAGAUCCAGGAGCCCCCUGCAGAGGAGAAGCCCCAUGGGAAGGACUACAAAGAGCCCAGAUGAACUGUCAUAGAGUUUAACAGGGCAGUUCACCAAAAAAUUUUGAGUAUGUUUUCACUUACCCCAGAGUACUAUCUAACAUCCAGAUAGUUUUGCUGAGAUUUUUGAGAUUUGAUUUUUUGAGUUUUUGGAUACAGUUCACCAUGAUAUAAUGGACCUCUAUGGGUCUCAUAUUUCCUGCUCAUGUGCUGACAAUUUCCAUUAGAAACACUGAACAGGAACGUAUCUUUCCAAAUAUACUGACAUAAUUACUCACAGACAUCAACAGAGCACUAAUCCAAAAAAUUAUUUGCAUCUCAGCAAAACUAUAUGGAUGGUUAGAUAGUACUCUGGGUAAGUGAACACAUUCCAUUUUUGGGUGAACUGCCGAUUUAACUCUUUCUCCGUAGAGCCUUAAUAUAUUUGUCUGUUACUAUAAACACUAUUUAUAUUUAAAUGCUUUAUAUUUUAUUAUUAAUACUGUAUGCAAUGUCUGCCAGUCAGGUUAUAUUAUUUAAAGAAAAAUGUCUUGUUAGGGUUUGAUAUCUGAUAAGCACUUUAACCUUCAAUGUAUUGUUUUUCUAACUAGAAGAUGAGCAUUGAUGGAUAGAUAGGCUUUAAAGAUUGGGUUGAAGUGUGUUAGUUGAACUAGUGUGCAUUUUUAUGUCUCAACUGGACUGGUCAGCUUCCUGCUCAGAAAUGUUAAAAAUGGUCAGAAAUUUCCAAUCUAGAAAUACGGUUUACUUUUAUGUAAUAUUGACCAUGGUUUCAAGACAGAAUUGUCUUCUUUCUUUUUUUCUUUCUUUUUUUCAAAGUCUAAAGGAGUUUUAUCACUAUUAAACACUGGAGUCUGCCUGCUAGUUUUUGGGAAGUAUUCUCUUGUUUCUGGAGUUUCUACAGCUUUUAAAACUGUUUUUUCAUGUAGACCAAAGCUAGCACAUUCAACAUAUCAGUAUUUCCUUUUAACAUUGUUCUGGGUAGGUGGUGACCUAAAUAGUUGAGUAGCUGUGCUAAACAAUAUGUUAUAAUUUUACUUCUGUCCAGUCAACUGCUUGCCUAAGGCAGAAAAUAUGUUUUGGGGCUUUGGUUGUUGAUCCACUUCUAUGCAUUUUUUUUCUUUGCAGUCCUAUUAUGGAACUAGUUUUUCCACUAUUUCCUGGCAGAUUCUUUCAGCCUGAACAACUCUGGUAUCUGGUGAAUAUACUGUAUGUUGCUGAAGGGCAGUCUUCUGUUGAGCAUUUUCCAGCGUUCAUGCCUUUUACACAAUUCAACGAGGCGUUGGUUUUUGCCAGGAUAUAUUUAUAUAUAUAAUGCCUUUUUAAAUUGGAGUUGGUGCGGGUGGGGACAGCAAGUGACUUCGCCACCCAGGAUAAUUUUUUUUUUUAUCUGUUUUUGUUCAGCUUACAGCGGUGCUUAGCGAUAACUCGGGUACAGAGGGGUUUUUUUUUUUAAAGAUUGUCUCAGAUCUUCUCUGCUUAAAUAAAUGGUUCCUGCUGCUUUUCUUCGACCGGGCCUUCUCUGUAAGCAAACGGUUUUUGGCACUUGUCAAGACCUAAGUAAUCCUCUUUAUACUAGCUUAAACAACUAUUGAACUAUUAAAUCGAAAAUAUAAACAAAUGCUGAAAUAUUUUGGAGAUGUAUUUCCUAACAUAUUGAUUAUACAAACUAAUAAAUGACAUUGGUUUAAUUUCAAA